AUAAUCCAUUCUCGCUUGGCCACAGUUCACAUGCGCUCCUUUGUUUUAGCAAAUUUCGGUGGAUCUUUAGGCGGGUUGUAGCGUUGGGAGAGUUGUGCAUAUAAUGGCUAUGCCUUGAAGCGAGAACGAGAUGCGAUUUCCAGCGUCUAAAUGUCUGUUUUGGGGAUUUUGUCUCUGGAUUUUUUCUGGAAAGUUUCUCUCGGGAUUCCAACACAAGCGAUCGCUUGAUUCUCCGAGCUCGCACAUGCCAAAUGACACAAGAUCAUGCUCACACUGUAAAGCUCCAGUGUUUGACAAGCCCCUGCAGAAUAGGACUGUAGUUGAAGGAAAAAGGGUGCAGUUGAAAUGUUAUGUACGUGGCACUCCCAGACCAGUUGUUACAUGGUACAGAAAUGGUGAAGCAAUAAGCAACAAAAGCGGUUCAUAUUCCUUCUCUGAAAGAGGCGGAAGCUCUAGGCUAAAGAUUCGUAAGGUAGAGUUAAGUGAUGCUGGUUGGUACAUCUGUGUGGCAAAUAACUCAAUUGGCACAGCACAGAUAAAAGCAUAUCUCAUGGUGAAUAGUAAGAACCCAAAGUCAACUCCACACAAACCAACCUUAGAAAACACACCUUCACCUACUUCCCCACUGACUUCCACUACUCAAGCCACAUUUACAGAACACUCACAGCAAGCUAAUGCUGGACACACUGGACUGGAGGAGGAACAUGAAAAUCCAACAUUUGGUGAUUUGGAAAUACAAACACCUCCUGCUGUUCCAGAAAAUGGUUCCUGUGUCAUCUACAAUGGCACAUUUUGUGAAAAACUAUUGAAAGGAUGGUCCAUCUUUGUAAGAAGUUAUGAAAAACAAGAAAACAUUGAGAAAAAAAUCACAAAUGCCUACCACAAAAUACAGGGUCAUAAAAAGAUCAGCAAGCAGUGUCGGCCAUUUGUAAAACCUUUACUGUGCCAUUAUAAUCUCCCUAGCUGUGAUAAGACCUCCUCAGUUCCUACUCCUCGUCACAUUUGCUAUAAAACAUGUGAAUCUCUACGCACUGAUAUCUGUAAAAGUGAGUACUAUAUGGCUAAACAAGCAUCACUUCAGGGAGUGCUUCUUCCAGAAUGUUCAAUAUUGCCUCGUAGAGAUUCAAAGCAGGGAAAGAACUGUAUAUCCAACUUGAAAGGCAAAGCUCAGAGAAAUCCAAAGCCAGUUGUAUUAAAGAAUGCUUCACCCAUGAAUGCAUGCUAUAAGGACAAAGGAGAAGAUUUCCGUGCAAAUGUUAGUGUUACAGAAAAAGGCCUUAACUGUCAGCACUGGAAUGUUACAAAACCUCAUCAUCACCUUCUUUCACCAAAAGAAUACCCAGAGCUUGAAGGAGGACACAACUUUUGUCGAAAUCCUGGUGGGAAAAGGGAGAAACCUUGGUGUUUUACUACUGAUGCUGAUACUCAGUUUGAUUACUGUGCUAUUCCAAGCUGUGAUAAACCCUCGUUUAGUGUCCCUCUUUCCAUCCAGAGUACCAAUACCUUGCAGCCAAAAGACGAGAUGUCCACUGCUUCUCCGUCAAUACAGAUUGUAAGCAUCUUGUACACUGUUAUUCCAUGUCUAUUGUUUGCCAUCAUAUUCUCUUCAGUGGUGAUCUUCAUUUGCUGGCGAUAUCAUAAGCAGAUCAUCUAUCAAGCGGCACAGACAGCUGCCACUCCACUUGUACCUGUUGUGGGCAAAUCGUCAUAUCCAAAGAUCAAAGAGAUGCGCAGAGAGACAGUUAGAUUCCUAAAAGAUGUGGGGGAAGGAGAAUUUGGCAAGCUGUAUAAAGGUGAAGUUUUGGAGAAAUUGGAAGGCAUUCAGACGACAAGAGCUAUCUUUGCAAAGGUCCUCCGAAACAGCUCAUCUGCAAGUAACCGGGAAACCUUCUUGCGUCAAGCAGAGACUUGGUCAAAAUUUAGUCAUCCGAAUGUUAUCAGCAUUGUGGGGAUGUGUUACAAUGGACCACCCACAUGUAUAUUGUACGAGUGUGUAGAGUAUGGCACAUUAUAUGACUACCUGGUGGAGAACUCGCCUCUAGACGGUGCUGUGGAUGAUGAUGAAGAACCUGAACCUCUGAAUUAUCACGAUCAACUGCAGAUUGCAAUUCAAAUUGCUGCUGGAAUGAAUUACAUAUCACAACAUAAUUACAUCCAUGGAGAUUUAGCUGCUCGUAACUGUAUGGUGGGGCCUCGUAUGACUGUCAAAAUUACAGAUGUGGCUUUAUCACGCAACCCUUUUUCCAGUGACUAUUAUCGUGUUCCUAACAGGCCUCCUAUGCCCCUACGUUGGAUGGCCCCAGAAGGGGUACUUAAUUACAGGUUCACUGUAGAGACAGAUAUAUGGUCCUUCGGGGUGGUACUCUGGGAGAUAUUUUCAUUUGGUUCCAGGCCUCAUGAAGGCUGCUCAGAUGAAGAGGUCAUGGACCAUAUUAGAGAACAUGUGUUGUUACCAUGUCCUGCCGACUGCCCUGCCAGAAUUUUUGUUUUAAUGAAGGAAUGUUGGGAUAUAUUGCCUCCAAGUAGGCCACGGUUUAGUACAAUAUAUACUCAUCUAUGUGCACUCAGAUGGGACACAAAUGGACCUCGAGAACCUCAUGAACAUUUUGAGAGAGAAUGCUUUCAUGUUGAUUUGUGAUAAGCAAUGAAAAUAACUGACUCAUAAGUGAAUAAAACUUCAAUGGACACACGAUGAAACAUGCAGUUGACUGACCCAGAUUCAGUCACAGUGGGUAUCAAGUCACAGAAGUGAAAUAUGUGGUACUAAGAAAAACAAUCCUAUCCAGUUUGGCUUGCAGAUGAAGCAGAGUUUGAAGUUAUUGAGUGACUACCAGAGCUGCGAGAACUGAUUUCCUAAGUUCAUUACAAAAUUGAGUGAAAAGAUCAAGUUGACAAGGAAUACACAAGUGAAAUUGAUGUGAGGUUCACUUGAUCAUCACUGAACUUAACCCUUUCACUCCCAGGGUGACCAAUAUUUAAAUUCUCCCUACCAUACCAAUGCAUUAGUUAGCAGAAUUGUGACUAGAAGAAAGAAAAACAUCUGCAUAGGAAUAUUGGUUGAUUCAACUACUGAAAGUAUGUGAACUUGAUGCACACAGUUUGGCAUAUGGAAAUCUUGGAAAUGAAAGGGUUAAUAAAAGAAAUGGAUUUAGUCAUUCAAAUUAUCAGCUAGGAGGAGGCUUCUACAGAAAGCAUGUCAAGAUUCUAAACUUAUCAGUGAGUAACAGGUUCUCUAAGUCACGAUAUUUGGAGACAAAUUCAGUUUUCCAUUGACGUUAUCAUGACUGUAACUGAUGAAUUAUGUAAGGGGUUUCUGCUCAGUAGUACUAGCACUUUUUUUUAAGAGACUGCCUUUGACUACUAGUACUAGAUGUGUGAACUGUGACAAUGGAAAGAUCUGAGGAAAUCACCUGAAGUUAUUGACAUAAUGAAGUUAAAAUUCAAGAAUACUUAACUUGAACUGCUGGGUUAUAGGUAAACAAUUUUUUCUGUAAUUUGGAAAGAUUCAGUUAUGUUAUAGUUUUGAAUAUCAGAGUACCUUGUCUAAUCUUGUACAAAGCUUCACAGGAAAAAAUGAAAAUAAAAUACAAAGUAAAAGCCA